GGCACACAUCAGGUUACGCGGGGAACCAGCGCGAUAAUCGUAAUCCGUGCGAGAACUCGCGGAGAGCCAGUGGUGCGUCGUCUAAACGAGGGGGGAAGAAAAACAAGGAAACGGGUCGCGCGAGGGCGACGGACGGUGUUCGGCGACGAUAGGGUGGCUGGUCAUCGGCGGCGAUACAGUGGUGGUUGGUGGUGGCGGCGGCGGUGGUGGUGGUGGUGGGUGCUCCGGGUUCCGCGAGUGUCCGCGAAAAACUAGUGCCGCGAGCCAUCAUGGCGAACCCACGGAAAUUCAGUGAAAAGAUCGCGCUGCUGAACCAGAAGGAGGCGCAGGACUCGGCCGCAUUCGAGGCGAUCAUGAAGGAGGUCUCGAACGUCACGAGCAGAGUGGCCUCGGCGAGCAGCUCGGUGGGUGCUAGUCCCACGGGAUCCGGAGUACCGGAGACCCCGCUGUCCGUCAAGAGUGCCGGCGCCAGUCCACCGCAGUCCAGCGGCAAGCAUCUGCACAUUAACCUGGGAAAUCAGUUCAGGGCGGGUGGCUCGCUGCCGAACGUUAACAACAAUGUCAAUUGCGGCAACGACGCGAAAGAGCACUCCUCGCCGCAUCCCGGCGCGAUCCACUCGAUCGACCUUAAGACGGCGCUCAGCAAUCUGGAGGAGAUGCAGCAUAACGCCAUGUACCGUAGCGACAACAGAAGCCGAAGCAUGGGGGUUGGCCCUAUGCGAUCUCGCCCGAUGGAGAAAAGGCACGAUACGUCUCCGUAUAGCGGCGUGCCUUACCUGUCGCCACCGCCACCGGAUACCUGGCGAAGAACGAACUCGGACUCCGCUUUGCAUCAGAGCGCCAACGAGGCUUGCCAAUCAACCUCCGCCAUACCUCAUCGACGAGAUCAACACGCUAUGACCGGAAGCGGAAGCGACAACAGAGAUUCUCACCAUGGUUUCAUCGAACGACCAAGAUCUUCGUGCGAAAUGCCUAGAGUGCCUGGGAUUAAUAUAUACCCGAGCUCGCAACCACCGGGACAGCAAAUACCUAUAGGCAACAACACGGGAUCGUUGCCCGACUUGAGCAACGUACACUUUCCGUCGCCACUCCACACUCCUCUAGACCAAGAGGAUCAUUCUAGUAGUACGCCGUUCAGCAAUACCCAUUUAUCAGUGCCUGUUAACUCUAGGUUUCUUCACACGUGUAAGCAGGGUGUGGCACUGGAAAACAGCACAAGUACUUCGCAACAGGAUCUUCAGAGCUAUCCGCAGCAACCGGCGCCGACGGCGACGUCUCACAGCCCGACUGCUGGCCAUUACAUUUAUCAACAACCACAUAGUCCUGUACCGCAAAGUCCAAAAACGUCACAGCACCAGCAACAACAACAUCAACAGUCGCAGCUCAAUUCGUUAGGAUCGUAUAGAUCUACGCAGUCGGUGAACAGGCCGUCGCCGCAGUCGUCACCUAGUCUAACCGUUCAAGGAAGUCCCUUAAGUUAUAGCAAUAAUCCAUCGGCGCCGCCUAGUCCUACAGGACAUCCGGGUCCACCCAACUUGACGUCCGAUCCUAUCGAUCAGAAUACUUAUUUCAUCAACCAGGCGCAAGCAGCGGCUCUCCAGCAGGAUUUUGAGCAGUUCACAAUGAUGGACACGCCGGUGCAGGCGAACACGAUUGGGACAUUUAUCGGGUCACCAAAUCAUACUACGAGUUACACCCAGAACGACGUGAUUAAUGUCGGCGAUUUAGGCAGUGGAGAUACGGGAUACUUUAGCACGAGUCCACAAAUGGCGUAUCAACCUACCACGACGACGACCACUGCUACUCAGCAGCUAACACCGCAGACUCCAAAUACACCUACAAUCAUUCUCACAGACUUUUCUGGUGCGGAUGAUCUUACGAAUCCGGAAUUUGUGAAAGACCUCGGAACGGCAAUGAUGGGUGAUUUUGACCCAGAAAUGUUUCCAUCGGACGAUGCCCUCAGACAGGGCCUUGAUCCGAUCGAUGUGGAUGGUCUACAAAUGUUGGCUGACCCUACGAUGGUUAUAUCGGACUCCAGCGCCGAAGCCCACUUUAGAUUAGAUCGACUUUAAGAGAAGAAAUUUUACUCAUUUACCAACACUCGUCGACUAUUGCGUAGGAUAAAAUAAAUUCUGUCCUGGUGUCGUGAUUAAUUCUUAAGACACUUUGACAUAUUGGGGUACCACUUCUUGGGCACUGGCAGAUUUG